GCAACGCAAGUAGCUGGUUCAAAAUCCCUCCAAAUAUCUCCAAGUAAAAAAAAUACCCGGGAAAAUUGCUCUCACACAGUUGACAGCAAAAUUCUUUGGUGGCCGGUUUUGUGCUGCGAUUGUCAACGUUGCUGUCCACAAAAUGCCCGCCACUUCAGAAAUACACACCGGGCAGAUGCACGCGCAGGACGACGGUAAGAAGACAGAAGUGAGUCCGGCUGCAGAGAAGAAACAUUUUGGUGUUUUCUGCGAUGAACGGGGAUAUCUGGACCAGAUUGAGUACAUCAUGCAGCACGGCCGACGGAAGGGUGACCGGACCGGGACUGGAGUCAUCUCUGUGUUCGGUGCUCAGUCCAGAUACAGUCUGAGAAACCAGUUUCCUUUGCUAACAACCAAGAGGGUGUUUUGGAAAGGGAUCCUUGAAGAGCUGCUGUGGUUUAUUAAGGGAUCAACAAAUGCCAAGGAGCUCUCGGACAAAGGGGUGAAGAUUUGGGAGGCCAACGGGUCCCGGGAGUUCCUGGACAAUCUCGGGUUCACAGACAGAGAGGAGGGCGACCUGGGACCUGUGUAUGGUUUCCAGUGGAGGCACUUUGGUGCAGAAUACACAAACAUGCAUGCAGAUUACACAGGACAAGGUGUUGACCAGCUGCAGAAAGUCAUCGACACCAUCAAAAAGAAUCCAGAGGACAGGCGCAUCAUCAUGUGCGCUUGGAACGUCAAAGACCUGCCUCACAUGGCUCUGCCCCCCUGCCACGCCCUCUGCCAGUUCUACGUGUGUGAUGGCGAGCUGUCGUGUCAGCUGUACCAGCGCUCAGGUGAUAUGGGUCUGGGAGUGCCUUUCAAUAUCGCCAGCUACGCACUUCUUACCUACAUGAUCGCCCACAUCACAGGACUCAAGACUGGCGACUUCGUUCACACCCUGGGUGAUGCUCACAUCUACGUCAACCACAUUGAACCUCUCAAAGUGCAGCUCCAGAGGGAGAUCCGCCCCUUCCCCAAGCUGAAGAUCCUGAGAAAGGUGGAGCAUAUCGAUGAUUUCCGUGCAGAAGACUUUGAGAUUUUUGACUACAACCCCCAUCCCACCAUCAAGAUGCAGAUGGCUGUGUAACAACCCCAAUCUAAAGGCAAUUAGGGAUGAAUAUGGUAUAUGUUGUUUGAGGGAAAAGUUCAUUUAUCACAUUGUUCUUUAUUUAUAGUAUCUGUUCGACUUUCUCUUUUAUUACCAAGAUCAUCAAACCUUUAAAUUUUUUACUGGUGUGAAAAACAAAUCUACACUUUUCCACAAUUUUCUAUAGUAGAACUGCUGGUGUUCUGGAUGCCUCUGAAAUGUUUUUCAUCUGGUGUAUUUUAAAAUAAAGGAUCUAUUUCUAUAA